AUGCAAUUUACUCCAAAAGUAUAUGAGUUCGACUAUGAAAGACCCACAUUAAAAGUGUAUAAAUUAAGCUAGCAACUUGUGUUCAAUAGAACAGCUUCUGAAUAAAAAAUUAGAAAGUCCAGGGCUGUUUCAGAUAUAUUAAGUUAGCCUUCAAAACAAAUGGAUUUUAAGGAGGAAAUAAAAAAGCUAGAGCUAAUUUAAAAACCCUAAGAACUAAAAAGGGAAAUAUUUAGAUAAAUCAAAUAGACUUGUAGGGAGUUUAGAAAUCUUGAAAGGGAAAGAGAUGGGUCAUUAUGGGUGAAAUCAUAUUGUACAAAUGAAAAAAUAAAAAUAAGCAAAUUGUUUAAAGGAACUUAAAAUCCAUAAGCAAUUGAUUACAAAAAUUUUCAUUCAAGGAGUAAUAGCAAAACUCACAUCAAACCAAAAAGGAAAGCUGUCGAAAUUCCUCAAUCAUCUUUGUAAUAAUAAAGUAAGCCCAGACCUUAGUUAUUAAGAUUAAGAUUGAAAAGCAAAAAUGUGUCUUAAGAAAUCUUAUAAUAAAACGGAUGCUUCACAGAAAGAGAAUGCUAAGUUAAUUUAGUAACACAGUAAAUUAAUACUGAUACAAAGAAACCUAAAAAAGAGAUGGAAGUUCAAGAUAUGGGAGUCUUCGAUGAAAUGUUGGAAUUUUAUAAUUCAGAUCGAAUCGUAACGAUAACUUAGGACAUUAUGAGAAGAAAAAUUGAUUUCAAAAAAAUUUAACAUGAGUUAAAAAAAACUCUCUAAUAUAUCAGUAGAUUAAAUUUGGAUAUUUAUUAGGCAUUCAGUGAUCAAGUGAUAAGUCAAAAACCGUUCUAAAAGGAGCAUUCUUAUGAAUUUAUAUAGGCUGCAAAGUAAGGAAAAGAAUGGGAAGUCAAAGAGUUUAUUAAAGAUAACAAAUAUUUGGUUUACGAUUUCGAUUAUAUUUACAUGACGGCUUUACAUUGGGCUUGUAAGAGAGGACACUUUGAGAUUGUUAAACUUUUAGUUGAAAAUGGGGCAGAUAUUGAAUUUCAGGAUAUCAUUGGAAGGCCAACACUUUAUUUUGCAAUCAUUGGAGGAAAUCCAAAAAUUGUGAAGUAUAUUUUAGAUAAGAAGGCUGAUCCCUGGUCAACAACAGCAGUAAACUAUAAUUAAUUGUGUAUGGAGUACAAUCCCUCGUUUGUGUAGUUGAUUGCACAAGCAAGAAAGGCUCAUAUAACCUUAAAAAUGACACCUCCAUCCUAAAGAGAAACCAUAUGGAAAAUAUUACGUAGAUGA